UUCUCGGCGUUCUGGUCAGAACUAUGCUCGUCCGGAAUCAACAAGUGCUCCUCGAGACUACGCCGGGAAAACACUUGACCUAACCGAACUUAGCCAAGAACACCUUUUCCUUCUUUCGCGUACGUGUGCGCGGCGGAAUAGGAUUCGAAAGGGGCGCGCAUAGGUGGCACACGAACAGUAUUCGAAGAGUGGACGCGGGACGCGAAACGGCGUAAGUCGAUCUCGAAGAGCGGUAUCGCGUCGCGAUCGAUUCGACCCGGGUACUAACCUUCACCGAUCCCGGAGGAUCCAUCGAUCGACGGGCAACCGGACGGAGUCGUCGACGGCGGUGAUGUUUUCGCGGUGAAACGAACGACUUCGAUGAAUCGUUGGUUUUUACGCGACGAGACGCGUCAGUGACGCGUCGUGCUCCUUGGGAUCGACAGGAUCGACGAGGAUUAUAUGUUCCGCUACACGUGACUCCACCGUUUGCCGACCGCGUGUUUAUUCCGCUGCGAAUCGUGAUUCGACUGGACCCGAAAUUUAAGAGAAUAAUCGACGAGCAUGAAGCACCAAACGAAGAGGUCGCUGUUAAUCUUGGUGAGUUAUCUCUUCGCGAGCGUAUUGGGUUUACCCAAUGGAGCGCCGACAAGUGCAUGCGAGGAUCUGAUGCCUCGUCACCCGGGGAGCACGAACCAGGAAACUUACCCACCUCCUUACCAAGUUUUACCGGCUGCGGGACAAGGCAGAGUCCGCUUAAUUCUGGGAAGUCCUCAAGGUCUCGCCUACGAGGGCUUCAUGAUACUCGCGCGUGACUCCGAGACUGGCGAAUUUGUCGGGGAAUUCACGAACCUGCCUGAAUCGGCCCGAGCCAUCGAGUGCACGCAAGGUGUAAAGAAUGCGGUGACUCACACCAACACCAGCAAGAAGCACAAUCUCGAAUUCGAUUGGGAGGCACCUGCGGAUUACGAGGGCUCUAUUGUCUUCAAAUCCACCUUCGCCCAGGAUUACAGUACGUACUGGGUCGCCGUGGAGUCGCCAAGAGUGAACGUUAACAAACGAUCCAUCGACGUGUUGACUUCGUCCACACCGGCCAGCACGUUUAGAACCACCACGCCACCCUAUUACAGCCCGACCGUCGAUUACGAGGUGAAGGAAGUGGAGGAUUCUCUGUACACCGGAUGUGGGACCACGAAGAAUUGUUUUGGCACACCAGCAGGAUGCGUGGAGGCCAAAAAUUGUAUGGCGAUGGUCAGCGUGGUGGUUCGUGGCGAACGAUAUUUAUUCGAGCUACAAGCACGUGACAGCAUGUAUGUUGCCGUUGGAUUGUCAGACGACAGUAAAAUGGGCGACGACAGCGUGGUCGAGUGUGCGAACGAAGGUGGAGAAAUUGCUUUACACAUGUCUUGGAACUCUGGAAAGCAUAAUACACGGCAGCCCAUGCAGGAAGGGGCGGUUCAAUUGGAGUCGAGCACCGUCAAGGACGACACGAUCGCCUGUAAAUUUUGGCGAGAGAAAACAACGGUGGUGCAAGGACGCGAGUACGACCUCGUCAACACGCCGUACAACCUUCUCGUAGCCGCCGGGAAGUCUCUAAGGAGUAAUGGCGUCGGGUUCCACGACACCGUUUACGACGCGAGUGGCGGCGCAAAAUUGCUGUCCGACGUCGGCGGUUAUACCACGGCCAGCAAUGUCCUAAUUCGUGUGCACGGCGCGCUGAUGCUGGCGUCGUGGAUCGGCACGGCGUCGAUCGGCAUCCUCCUCGCCAGAUACUACAGGAAAACGUGGGUCAGCUCGCAGUUGUGCGGAAAGGACCAUUGGUUCGCCUGGCACAGAUUCUUCAUGAUACUCACGUGGUCGAUGACGAUAGCAGCGUUCGUAAUAAUAUUCGUCCAGCUGGGCGAGUGGAGCUCGGAGAUAAUACACGCGUCGCUGGGAGUAGCCACCACGAUCUUAGCCUUCAUUCAACCGUUUAUGGCAGCCGCUAGACCCCAUCCUGGGGCACCUCGAAGACCUUUAUUCAAUUGGGCGCACUGGUUCGUUGGAAACGCGGCGCAGAUUUGUGGCAUAAUCGCAAUUUUCUUCGCGGUCCGAUUGAACAAGGCCAAACUCCCGGAAUGGGUCGACUGGAUUCUGGUCGCCUACGUUGUAUUCCACAUUCUGACUCACCUCAUCCUCACCUUCGUCGGAUGCGCCUCCGACGUGCAGGCCAGUCAGAGGGUGAAUUCGUUCCCCAUGAAGGACACCCACUCCCGCGGCUCGAUGGUACAUCCGGAUGCGAGACAGGAUGCUCCCCACUCGGGGAUCAGGAAAUUCAUCUUCGGCGUGUAUUUCGUGGUGAUCGUCCUGUUCGCGGCGGCGUUGAUCGUGAUCACCGUGCUGGCGCCGAUAGAAGAUACGUGGGUCUCGAUCACGAACACCAUUAAGAAUUAUUAACCGUCGUUUAACGGCGAGGCAAACGCGGGAUUUGCAUCGUCUGAUUGCGCGGUGCCUCGGUCGCGGGAAGGAGCAUUAUCGCGGCUCGUUGUCGCGCGAUAAGUUUCGAACCGCCUCGCGCAAGUACGUUUCUCGAGUGACUGUCUAUAUGCAAACGAGCCUGGAUACGGCGUAAGUCAUCGUUUAGAGCACUAUGGAACCCGGGAGUGUGAAUUAUAUGACAACAUUGUUCGACUGCAUCGAACCCUGGAAAGUAGCAUGAAAUUAGCGACGGUAGGUACCGUGCUGCAAAUGUUAUUAUCGCGUUAAGUAGCGACGGUACGAUACUGAUUCGAUUGCCUCUUCCGUCCACGACGGGUACGUACCAGACUUCGAGCAAUUUUGAAACGCUGCUCCGAAUAACGUCGACUUGCUUCGGUCUCCGAAACAUAAUUAUCUCGUUUCGCGAAAUAACUUCUCGAAAAUUAAUAUUUGUGCAUAUUCGGGACGGCGAUACGGCGGGAUGCUCUUGGAAAUAACCGACUCGUCUGAACUGGGGUCGACUCGUAAUUCGUGUCGUUCGCGAGACACUCUGAAGGAAGGAAAAGUUGGAGAUUAUUACAGAUAUUAAUACGGACUACAUGUUAAACUGAAACUUAAAUACGAUCGAAUAGUAACGAUACACGAUGCGUUUGAGCGGAAAUAAAAUCUCUGUCCGUCGUUAAAACGAUGAUAACGAUUGGGAGAGAAAAAGAAAGAAGUAAAUUAAUAUGACGCGCUUCAUUUGAUGAUUUGUAUGAAUUACAAAUAUCCACGAAAUGUAUAUUAUAUGUAUAUACAUAUACACAGGAAAUUAUAGAUUUCUUUCCGUCGUUAAAGGGUUAAAGAAAUUAGAAUAACAUACUUUCUCAUUGUGCAAAAGACUAUAAUACUUAUCGUUUCAAAGUCUAUCUGAAAUAGUUUUCCAAAUAGACAUUUCAGGUGGUCAGAAACCGAAAUAUUACUCCAAGUAUUUACUACUUUUUUAAAAAUUUGCACAGGUCUGGUACGUACAAAAUACGUUUCUUCCUCUCAGACUGACUUCGAUACCUUUUUCAUCGAAUCGACGAUCGCUCAAAUUGUUCAAACUAUUCGCAGAAUAUCCGUCCAAAAUACGAUCGCGACUUAAACAGAAAUUUCCAUACAAACGUGUUAUUUUUCUUUUCAUUCCGACAAGCACGAGAACGCCAAUAAUUUUGUUUAUAAUCGCGAUAUUGCUUGUAACAUGUACUUCCUUUCCCCUCUAGGCUCUAGAAUCCUCUUUGAGAGGUCCGUCCGUAAGGUGCUCUUACAAUUUAAUUAAACUUAAUUUUUGCUUAUGGGAAGAAAACAAUAAAGCACCUCUUCCGUUCCUCGCGAGCAAUUUAUUUAUUUAACUACAUAAUUCAUCGAAACCCCUGCAACCUUGCUACGAGCCCUCUUCGCCGAUUUUUGUAUCCAAAAAUUGUCACAAGGGCGAGAAACCGUUUUUAAAAAUCCUCGAAGAGGACCAGAAACACGAGAUCGUUUCGAUAAUUGAUGUAAUCGAAUAAACCGAAAUUUGCUCGCGACGAAUGGAAGAAACGCUUUACGACAUUUACUUGUAAGUUUAUAUUUUCCGUUAAGGUAUACGCAGUAUCUAUAUUUAUGGUAACGUUUACAGUAUUAGAUUUCGUAACGUAUUUUUUGAUUUUUACACGUGUUCAGAAUUAUUUUUUACUACGAUCGGCGUUGUCCCGCGAACGAUUGCAAAACCGAAUUUCGGCGAAGUGUCACGGGAUCACGCUUAAUUAACUGAUACAAUAGUCUUGUUCGUAUGUUAUUGAUAUUGUUAAUAAAUAUAUAUAUAUAUAUAUGUAUGUAUGAUAGAAUAUUGUGCAGAGAGUAAUAUAAUUCGGUACAAAUACUUCUAUGUCUCGAUUUAUCGCGCAACCAGGAAUACAUCGCGUGCACGCGAUUCCACGCGUAAAUUUCCAUAUCGACGUUUCGCCUAAUUUCCACGACGUCGUUGCCACCCCUUACGAGCAACUUUAUUCCGUCGCAGACGUUUCAAGGUUUCCGUCGCUUUGAGUUUUCCGCGGCAAAGAUUAUUCGUUUAUCGUUAAGGUCCUGCAGAACGAGAACUAGAACUCGAUUAACCGCGAGAAGCGGGUUCGUUAAUCGAUUCGAGCGGAAUUUGAAUUUGCUUCGGCGAAAGUCGAGGCCCCCCCUCCCUCCCCCACCUCGUCGCGCUACCGGUAAUUAUUUCUUUUACAUUAAAAGCUCUCUUGUAUCGCGUUAACAUUCGCAGCGACGACUGUAAAUUUCGACCUCGCGGAUGCGUCGUGAAUUUCAGUCCUUUGUGACCGUACUAUUGUUGCGCCUGAUUGUUAACUGGAAAUUUGAAUUUGCUCGUUGAUACGUUUUAUUGUUAUGCAUAUUGUAGCACACUCGAGUGUACGACUCGGAUAAUUUAAUGGGAAAUCGGCCGUGUCAAACAUACUCGUUCGGCUCUCGCGACGGGAGAAUUAUUUUUUUAAUGCGCCGUAAGAAUGAUUUUGUAUAAUUGUAAAUAUGGAGUGCGGAUCUUUCGUUCACGAUAUUUUCUUUCUCUUCUUUUUUCUUUUUACCAGAAUACUUUUGCACGAGUUUUACAGCGCUUUUACGGUGCCUCUCGUAUGAAAUAAAAUAUUAGGUUAAAUACGGACGAACUCUGUUAUAACGAGCACCGGGGGACCGGACAAAUUUCCUCGUUAUAACCAUUACUCGCUGUAUAUUAGUAAUGAGUUAAACGCAGAGUUUGGCGAAUUUUGUAUUCAAAUAAUAAACAAUAAAUAACAUGUGUGAAUAACAUUUUAAUUUCAGAACACGGUUAUGUUUCUUUUAUUAUGAGGAGCGUUCGCUUAAGUAA